AUGCCCUCUGCGAGUAGCAACGGAACAACGGAUAUAGAGGCGGAAUUGCAGAAUCCUUUUAGUGAACUAAGCUCCCACGAUAUAAAAAAUGAUAACAUUUUCGAGAAUAUCGAGAAACAUGAUGAAUUUGAGGGUAAUGUAACUAAUUCCCCUGAGAAUACAGAUAUAAAUCCAACAAAUACGGAAAUGCGAAAGAAUCAAAAAUACGUUACACGCCAAUUAAUGACUUCUAAAAGAAUGAAGCGUAAAGCUGAAAGAGAUGAAUCGUCAAAAAAAAAAGAUUGUCCAGAAAAGGUGAAAGGUCGAUCAAGUAUUAAAUCAAAUUCAGAAGAUGAUGAAAUGUCAACACUCUCCCGCCAUAUGAUAACUGCACAUGCACCAGAGGAGGAACUAAAUUACCAUUGUGAUCAAUGUCCUAAAAGAUUCCCUUGUCAAAAGAAGUUGGAAAUUCAUAAAAACUCGCAUGUGCCACAGAACGAGCGUGUAUUCGUUUGUGACCAAUGUCCUAAUAGUCGAUUUGCAAGUAAUGAUCUUUUAAAAAUUCACAUAUGCAUGCGACAUCGUCGACCAACCAAUGUUUGUCAUGUGUGUGCCAAAGAGAUACGGGAUAAAGCCUCAUUUGAAAAACAUGUACGGUCACAUUUCGAUGAUGGUGGUCCGAAGGUAAAGUGCACAUUAGAAGGUUGUGACCGUUGGCUUAAGGAUGAGGAUAAUCUUCGACGACAUAUACGAAGACUACAUUCCAAAGAUCAAAAAGCGGUUACGUGUGAUACAUGCGGACGGGAGUGUAAAAAUCAAGAUGCAUUAACCAGACAUAAAUACCGUGUCCAUUCGAAUGUCGUAUUCACCUGUGAGGAAUGCAAAAAAACGUUUAAGCGAGCGAUUUAUUUGCGGGAACAUAUGGCGCAACAUACUGGUGAAAUCCUUUACAAAUGUCCAUUCUGUACGCGUACUUCAAAUUCCAAUGCAAAUAUGCAUUCGCAUAAAAAGAAAAUGCAUCCCCUAGAGUGGGAAAAUUGGAAAAAAACAAAUAAUGGAAAUUCUCGGCAGUUAUUAAGUGAGCAACAGAAAAAUAAACCAAAUUCGUAUACAUUAUGUAACAAUUAA